UAGUUCCGGUUAGUCGGGGGAAUAAAAACCUGUCGCUCUGGCUGAACCAACGGCGCUCUGGUCCCUGCAAAGUUCACCCAGUAUAGGACUUUUCCUACAGACACAUAUCCAGUCAUGUCUAAGUCAAAGGAUUCAGGCAUCAUGCACCACCAGCAGAUGCAUGCUGCCAUGGCAGACACUUUCCUUGAGCAUUUGUGCCUGCUGGACAUCGACUCUCCACCCACUGUGUCUCGCAACACCGGCAUCAUCUGCACAAUUGGACCUGCCUCCCGUGCUGUGGAAACUGCCAAGGAAAUGAUCAAGUCUGGGAUGAACAUUGCAAGAAUGAACUUCUCUCAUGGCACACACGAAUACCAUGCUGAGACGAUCAAGAAUGUCCGUGAGGCAACUGAGAGCUUUGGGCCUGGCACUGUUGACUACAAACCAGUGGCCAUCGCUCUGGACACCAAGGGACCAGAAAUCAGGACCGGACUUAUCAAGGGCAGUGGCACCGCUGAGGUUGAGCUGAAGAAGGGUGAAACCAUCAAGAUCACACUCGAUGACCAGUACAUGGAGAAAUGUGACGAUAAGGUGCUGUGGCUUGACUACAAAAACAUCACCAAGGUUCUUGAGGUGGGAAACCAUGUCUACAUUGAUGAUGGUCUGAUUUCAGUCAAGGUCAAAGAAGUUGGCAAGGACUACUUGAUGUGCGAGAUUGAGAAUGGCGGUAUGCUGGGCAGCAAGAAGGGUGUCAACCUGCCCGGAGCUGCUGUUGAUCUGCCCGCUUUGUCUGAGAAGGAUCUUUCAGACCUGAAGUUUGGCGUGGAGCAGGGUGUUGAUAUGGUCUUCGCCUCCUUCAUCCGUAAGGGUGAUGAUGUUCGUGCUGUCAGGAAAGCCCUGGGUGACAAGGGCAAGAACAUCAAGAUCAUCAGCAAGCUGGAGAACCACGAGGGUGUGCGCAGAUUUGAUGAGAUCCUGGAGGCUAGUGAUGGCAUCAUGGUUGCCCGUGGAGAUCUGGGUAUUGAAAUCCCAACAGAGAAGGUCUUCCUGGCCCAGAAGAUGAUGACUGGCAGGUGCAACAGGAUCGGCAAGCCCAUCACCUGUGCCACACAGAUGCUGGAGAGCAUGACCAAGAAACCUCGCCCAACUCGCGCUGAGGCCAGUGAUGUCGCCAACGCUGUGCUGGAUGGCAAUGACUGCAUCAUGCUGAGUGGUGAAACCGCCAAGGGAGACUACCCCCUGGAGGCAGUGCGCACACAGCACAGGAUUGCCCGUGAGGCUGAGGCAGCCAUGUACCACAGGCAGAUGUUUGAGGAGCUGCGCCGCACCUCUCAUCUGACCCGUGACCCCACUGAGUCUGUCGCCAUCGGUGCCGUUGAGGCUUCCUUCAAGUGCUGCGCCAACGCCAUCAUCGUGCUCACCAAGACUGGCAGGUCUGCUCACAUGCUGUCAAGGUACAGGCCCCGUGCCCCCAUCCUUGCCGUGACCCGCUGUGGCCAGACCGCCCGCCAGGCUCACCUGUACCGCGGUAUCUACCCCAUUCUCUACACCAAGCCUGCCAACGAUGUUUGGGCUGAGGAUGUUGACCUGCGUGUGAACUUUGCCAUGGAAGUUGGCAAGCACCGCAAGUUCUUCAAGUCUGGUGAUUCCGUCAUUGUCGUGACCGGCUGGCGCCCAGGUGCUGGUUACACCAACACCAUGAGAGUUGUGCUGGUGCCUUGAACUUCAUCCAAUGACAUUAGUAACCACUCCCCCUCCCCUCCCCUGUAACCUGCCUGCCCUCUGUGUUGGACUUUUCUUUUCUGUUGGUCUUCGUAACCAACAGAAAGUCAAAACCAGUCAAAAAAGGCCUUUUGAUGGUUGUCAUUCGCAGAAAGUAACUCCAUGAUUCCUGUCACCCAUAUGCGCAAUUUAUUGUCUAAAUCCUGCUGCCAGAGACUGAACCUUUUACUGGAAACUCAUCUGUCAUGUGUGUUGUACAAAGUGAGAGAUACGUGUUCCUCUGCAUGCACUGUAAACUAGGCUCCAAAUACACAUUUGUCAGUCCUUAUUUAGUGUUAUUUUGAUGUCUAGGUGUCAGGAUGCACAAGUGCAGAUGUGUACUGUAUUUAUCUUCUCCAGUGUUUCACGCAGAACUGAUAGUCAGUACAAAGUGUCAUCAUGAAGUGAUCUGGCAUGAGUGGGUUUCCAUCCAUUAAAAGAAACUCUUGGCUCAA